UUGUAUAUGGCCGCCCCUCCAUUGGCUUCGAUAACAAGAGACACAUACGUGUACUUUAGAUAUGUAAUUAAAGUCAAUUGAUGCUGAUGAAAGAGUAUCAUAUUCAUUUGAAAGUGUGACACUGGGCGAAUAGGAACAAUAUGUCAACGCAACGGCAGCAAUUGGAUUAUAUUGAGCGAUAUCUAGUCUAUGACAUUUUCAAGUAUUUUGGCGAGAAUGCGGCAUUAGUUUCGCAUCGCAUUCAAUGCUCCACGGGAUUAGAUGGCUUCAUGUCGGCGCUUUACACUGUCGAACUGGAUCUCAAUAUUGCCGGCAACGAGAAAAAGGAACUGGUGCUGGUGAAAUUCAUGAAGGGCGAAAAGGAAUUUCGCGAGUCUAGCAAAUCUUACACUCAGUUUUCCAACGAAAUUUUCCUCUAUGCGGAAAUUCUGCCUGCCUAUGAGCAACUUUUGCGAAAGAGCAAACUUAAUACGACGCUUGUCGACGAAUUCGUGCCUCGCACUUUUCGUGCUCAAUUCGGAAUUAUCGAUGGAUUAAGUGACGAUCGGGAGUCAGUGCUGGCAUUGCAGCAUCUGAAGCCGUUGGGUUAUGAGCUCGGACCACGAUUGAUCUUGCGCCAUGAUCAACUGGAGGCGAUGUGUGGUGUGCUGGGACCUUAUCACGCACUUGGCUAUGCCACACGCAUCCUGGAGCCGCAAGUACAUCAACGCCUGCGCGACGGACUCGUCACCUUGCCCUUUGUCUUUGAUGCUGGAGUUUCCAAUGUGUUUGAGGUGCUUUAUCGUGUGGCCUUUGAUCGUUUCUUUGAGUUCUAUGAUCGCUGCCGGGAUGAGUUGCUGCAAGGAGAUCAGGACACUCCGCUGGCAAAUAAGUUGGAGCAGAUGCGUCAGAGAUUCUUUGAUCAACCCAUUCAAUUGAUGGAGCACAUAAGAAGCGACUCCUGUGAUCCCAAACAGUCGGAUAGUUACUUUAGCACAUUUGUACAUGGUGAUUUCAAUCGGAAUAAUGUAAUGUUUCAUGAGGAUGCCGAUGGCAAGGUGGACAACAUCAAGAUGAUUGAUUUCCAGGAGUUGCGCUACAGCUCCACCGCCUUGGACAUCAGUUUCUUUCUCUACAUGAACACGCCCUGCGAGGAGCGUGAAACAAUCUUCCCCAGAUUGUUGCGCCUCUAUCACAGGAAGAUGCAUGAGACCCUCGAGUUGAUUCUGCAGCGCAACAAGGAUUCCCUCAGUGAUGAGCAACUGCAGCAGUUCCUUGAUGACUACAGUUUUGAACGCUUCGAGGGUCACUUUAAGCGAUAUGGCUUCUACGGCGUCAUGAUUUGCAUGCACUUCAUGCCUUGGUUAAUGGGCAACGAACAGGAUUGUGAUCGUCUGUCCAAGCUCUUUGAGACGGACAUGCACGGCGAGGCGUUCCACAAGCUCUCCGUGGAGAUUGCCGGCGACGAGGCGAAUUAUCGCAUAUUCGGAAUGGUGCGUCAUGCCUUCGAACAGGGUUACAUGGACUGGAUCUAAUGCGAUUAGCUAAAUAAUUAUUAGCUUUCCGUGCCUGUUCACAAUUCCAGAUCUAAGAUCGCAUUUCGUUUGAUUUUGUUAUUUCCCUCAAUUAUAAUGUAAUUUUUAUGUGAAAAUAUACGUGCAUUGUUAUUUUUUUAAA